AACUCAGUUUUAAUCUUGCAUGUGCACCUUUUCAGUCCCCGCAUCUGUAGCUAAAUUAAAACAGGCUUGUUGUGGACUUCUGAAAAGAGAUUUAAAUUUAGACUAACACACUGAACCUGUUGAUUAGUCUUAACUGGGAAUAGUGCCGCGCAAAUUUGUUCUCAUGAAAAAAAAAAAAAAAAAAAAAAAAAAAAAAAACAUGGCGAUAUUAUUUUUCGCAGCUUUUUUCCUAAUCAAAAUAUAGGUUAUUUUAGAUACAUGCAAGUCACGUGCAUGGGGACAUAGCAAGUUUUAUUUUUUCCUUUUUCUUGCAACAUCAAGCAGGCUUUUAGUUUUAUAUUACCGUAUCCAGCCAUAUCAUUUAUUUUACAUAAUGUGAUAUUUUAUUUAUUUUUUUCCAUCAAAUAUAAAACGUAAUUAACAAACAGAAUUUACAUACUGCUUACCUCGUUUUUCCCCAAGGCUAAUCCGUAUUCCAUAUAUUGUCAGUUAAGUGUUCAUGUCCUGUAAAAAAAAUCAUGGAUAAAAAGAUAAAUAGUUUACAUAAUUAAAAUGCAUACUUUAAUAUUUAAUAAAGCAGGCCAUUUGUAAAUAAAUAAGUAUUUUAUUACUAUAAUAUUAUUAUUAUUAUUAUUGGUAAAUAUUGCUUAUCUGGUAUAGCCUACCUUCUAAUAACUUUUUUCUUUUAAGCGCUAGUCCGUGACUCAAUAUAGGCCUACUUUAACAUAAAGCGAUGUUAAACACAGAUGAAAAGUGAUUGAUUGUCAUAGCCAGGAACCUGUAGGCCUACCUGUCAGUUGCGGAUGGGCUGGAUGAUCUGUGAAUUGUACAAAAUUGUUCUGCCGGAAGGCUACGCGUAAUUUAAGGAUAAUGAGACCAUUCGUCUACGCACACACCGCAAAUCUUGUCAAACAACCCUGAAACAUUAGCUAUUUAGGUUAGGCUAAGUUAAGGAAUAUAUUCUUUCACAUUACCUUGCUCGUUAAGAAUAAUGUUUUCAUUAUAACCAUAGUUUAAUUAUAAAAACAUACAGGGUAGAUUGUAUAUUUUCCCGAAUCGCGCGCGCAGUUCAAUUGGAAAACAUUCUGGCAUUUUGUAAAGACGACAGCGCACCUCAAAUGAUCUGUUUUUAAUGAUGUUUUAUGUCUUAUUAGGGUGCAUAAUUAUCAAAUGUAAUGAUGUAAUGACUAAUUUAGAAAGUCCAUAUAUUAAAUAAAUUCCAUCGCAUAGGCUAUAAUAGGACACAAUCAGUUAGACCAAUACAACAAUGGGGUAAAACAAAAGUUAAAUAAAUAAAUAAAUAAAUAAAUAAAUAAAUAAAUAAUAACAGCUUAAGGCCAUGUAGGUGGCCAGCUGCGAAAUCGUUAUAUUUUAGUAAAAAAAAAAAAAGAAAAAAUGCAAUUUCCGUUCCCUGUUCUGCGGGCGCACUUCGUGCCUCGUUAUUCUGUGACAUAUGUCGGGUCAACUGAUAAACACGAAUGGUUGUAAUUAUAGCUCCAUAAAACAGAAUUUUUCAUUAAAUGAUCAUUAUAGGGUUCGCUUUAGUUCACAUCCCAUGUGAUUUAAAUCUCAUUGCACAAUUCAAACACAGAUUACAGUGGAAAUAUAGAAUUGGGAGGAAACUCGAUAGGCCUGCAACGAUCAGUUAUCUUUUUUUUAUAUAUAGGAUGAUCUAAAUUUGAAUGAAAAGACCAACUAUUGCCAAACUGCAGGCAUACUUGACAGGAUGAUACAUUCUCUCGUGCAUCUUCUAAAACACAUGGUUAACCUUUAUUUUAAACGUUUAAUUAAGGAUAAAUGGGGUGAAACCCCCUUUGCUAAUUGUUCCACCCUAGGUUCAUCAUGGAAUGUUGUGCUUGGCAUAAGUGGAGAAUGGAAUCACGGACGGCGAUUUCAUGUGCAUCUGUUUUUCAACAUUGAGACGAAACCUGCAGGGAGAUUUCAUGAUUUCACUGCCAGGGCACAUAGCGUGGGAGAGAGCGAGAGAGAGAGAGAGAGUGAUCGGUCUCUCUUUUUUCCUUCUUUCUCUCCAUGUGCCGCACAAUGUAGCCUACUACAUGUGUUUUCCCAUUCAAACAUGUAUCCUUGCUUGGACCUAUUAGGCAUAUGUUAAAGCUGACAUGGGCGCUAUGAAUAUUCUUACGUAAACUUCAAAGCAGGGUGCUUGAAAGACUUCAUAAAGCGCGCGUAGACCAUGAUUCAAAGUCAGAAUUGUUAAACAGUCCAACUAUACCGAAUAGGCAAACAACAACAAACAAAGAACAUCAGGUUCAACACUUCUUUUUUUCCUCUUCUUCGAUGUUUCCUUAUUCUUCUUGUAACCUGCUUUGGUUGUGCAUCAGGUUCCCAGAGGUGUGUACGAUUAUGCUUGUGCUGAAGGAUGUUAGUGUUCAACAAGAGCAAUGUUUCCAUACCUUGCUCAUCUUUAAUUUUAUGUAUGAGGAUUAUCUGAAAUUAACCGGGAGGUAGCAGAGGUGUUACUGGCAGCUGCAAAACAGGUGUGUGUGUGCGCGCGCGUGCGUGCAAAGAAAGCAAGCUUUGGGCUUGUCUCUCCCGCAACGUUACGCAGACAUUUGGAAGAGGAAGAGCAAGAAAAUGCGCAUUGUUCCUGAUGUUGCUAUUCUUCUGAGGAAAACGAACAGACAGACAAUGAUUGAUUAAUUAAUGAUGGACAGGGACAGUAAUAAAUCACGCCAUUUUAAAUCAGUCAAUUUCAAGAACAUGGAUCCCACGCGUAGGUCUGUCUCGGGGAUCACUUGUCAAGGAUUCAGUACAACCUUGGCUGGCUGUCGUCCAUGAGAAAGAACGUUCAAAUGUGUUAAGCAGGCCAAAUCUUUCUCAUCUGUCCGACAUCAUACCCACGGGUUAAGAUUGAGGAACUUAAGAGCAGCAUUGCGCACGCGGGAACUGACAGGUAUCCAGCUCUCCUAAGAAUAGACCCGAGUUGUGCCAAAUGUGUGCAAAAUCAUAUUUCAGAGAGAGAAAAAAGGAAACUUUCUAUCACAUCCUAAAUCAUUGGCUCUUAUAUGGUGAUUUUAUUAUGUUUUUUAUUUCAUGAUGUAGCCUAAGCUAUAACGAAAAAAUCUAUUGUUGAUUUUGCCACAAAGCUUUUUAUUUAUUUAGCCUAUUUAUUUAUUUUUUAUUUGUCAGUCAUGUAUUCUUCUAGCUAUAUGGCAGCUUAAUUUGAUCUCUGUUCAAACUGUAAGAACUUGAGAGGAAUACGCAAAGUAGGCUAACUAGUUCUGGUCAAUUAGCUACAUUAGCAUGGUAUCUUUAUUUUAAUUUUAGCCUAGGCCUAAUAUAAAAUAGUAAACUACUUUCUCCUAUCCCACCUCAAGAUGCAGAACUAUGUAAGCAAUUCGGAUUUUCUCGAAAUUUAUAAACACUGUGUUUCCAUAUGAAAAUCGAAUGGAUUAAGGCUAAUUUCCAUUUAGCCUACUAAUUUAAGUGGACAAAAUGUUGACAAAACCUUGGUAAAGCAUGCAUUAGUUCAUUUUUAUAUGUAAAUAAGUAAACUGAACAAGAAGAUUAUACAUUUAUAAUAAAUUAUAUAUUUAUUAUAUAGCCUAUUUUUAUUAUAAAUAUAUUUUCUGUCAGAGGCUGUCUGAAGGACCCACUGACUUUCAGCGUCAAGCUUGUCAUCGGUUAUUCUUUCGGCUCAAACGUGGUUAAAAGACCGAUAAAUUCAGAGUAUAGGCCUAUAUUUCUGACUUCUUUUUUCAGUCCCACUAUUUUCGUGCUUGUGAGCACAUUUUUAUAUUAGCUUGAUGAAAUAUAUUUUUGGCAAACUAUUGUAAACAUAUUUGUUCUUAUCCCCCAGUCCAAGUAGGCUAUCAGUCAAGACUUGUGUCUGGUCUUGUUGGCUCGAGCACAGACAAAGCAGAUCCGAUCAUUUCUUUUUGACUCUGUGAUAACUUAUGAAUAAGUGCCCCCGCUCGUUUUCAAAGCUAACUUCUGGUGAACAGGAAAGGACACUUAGCAGCUCUCAUACUACGCUGGGUGUGAAUUUAUGGUAAGAGCUAGGCAAAUUGUGGAAACUGUACCCAGGGUAAUACGUGCUGCUAGAAUGAAGCCUAGCAACUGAACAAGUUUGAAUUUGUCCUCUAGAAAGGGGCUUACGAUUUCAAUAAACACAUCAAGUAAGUGUAAUGAGCUAUGUUUAAUCAGCUAGUGUUGCUACGAAGUCAGGGAGAAACGCAAAUCUUGCUAAGAGUGUAUCAAAGCCUCCCUGCUCGAGACCCGCGUCUCUCUGCCUCACCGACAGCCGUGAAUAUCUCCACACCCUCAUCACUUUCCCAACUUACAGUCUUACGCAUCGCCCUCAGAUACUUUGCCGCCUCUCCGAAACCGGAGAUUCAAUUAAUCAAGCGAUCAAUUAAUGCGGAAGGGGUUUUCACAGUGUUCUCAGUUUUCCCCUGGGGCACGUCGCAACAUGUGUGGAAUGAUCGCGAGCUGCACACCGGACCCUGGGAAUGCGCCACGGCGGGUAAGAACGUUGCACUGUCCUGCAGUUGGUCGCUCAUCAAAAACCUCGCGUUGUAGUGGUAGGAGCAAAAAUGCUUUAAAACCUUAUUAUUUAAAAUAAAAAUUAAAAAAGAAACCCAAAGAACAACAGAUAAGAAAGUGUGUGGUUUUAAUUCUCAGUGCGCUUUCUUUGACCUUCAUGUCCCUCAGGGGUCUUCAUAUUUCAGCCUAUGAGCUAAUUGAGCCAGUGACUCCUCUCGUGAAUCUCUCAGUGCUCCCCUCUCCUACCGGGACGUUUAUGCAUCCCUGCUGACUUCGCUGUCAAUGUCAAACGCUUGUUAGGACAUCAUCAAUCAUCAACACUUAAGAAUAUUUUCAGAACUUCGAGGGCAGGUGAUAGGCCUACCCUGAGAAAAGAGAGGGUGAGAAGAGCUGAGGGAACAGCAAAUGUUCAAAAUGUUCAUCUGUUAGAUUAAGAUGCACUUCUAACAGUUAACAACCGAUCAUUUGAGGCACAGACCGAACACCAAGGACUUUACAGUGCGUUUCAUUGGAAGCGAAGGGUGUUAACUCUCAAAUGCAACCCAUCUGCCGGCCUGUUUUAAACCCACAAGUUGUCAGGGCUCUAUAUCACUCUGUCUAAGGAUAAGUGAGCGCAUUGUUUCUCAUGUCUGUAGGCGAGAUUUUGCAACUUCUGGUGUAGAUUCUCAUCAAAUAAAUAAACAGACUCCAUCAUCAGGCCAAGAAGACAGAGAUUCAUUACCGAGGGCCUGCAGACAGGCGGUUACAGGCUUACGCUGUCUUGCCAAAGGAAGUGGCUCAAGACGAACAUGCAUUUCUCACAUUCAUUCUAUAAAUCUGCCACUCUAUUUUAUCUUCUAAUCUUAGUACAGAUCCCCUCAUUUCUCUGUCCUUCUCACUUUCUCUUCCUUUCUCUCAAUCUUUUUCUUUGUCCCACACACAGAGUGAGAGAGAAUUUCUUUAGCCAUCUUGCCUCAAAUUAAUUAUUUGGAAUUUAUAGUCAGGGCUCAGGGGUACCGACUGGGGUGACAAUCAAAUGUUGCACUGUGUCCUGGAAUAGAUGAGGACCCUAAAGUGACGUAUUAACACUAGACUGCAUAAAGGGGGUCAAACUGACCCAAUCGGAUGCAAUUUACGGAAUCUUUGUUUUCAAUAAAAUCAUUGAAUUCCUUUUAAUAAUCUAUGCAUUCCUCAUAUAACUUGUAUGUGAUUACCACAGUUCUUUUUAAAGGGGUUCAUAAAAAAAUGCAUGCAUUUCCUGAGGAAUUUUGACCAUGGUGUUUUAUUUUGUCAAAAUAAUAAUUAUAUAGCCUAUAUAUUUUUGGUAGAAAAACACUCUUUUUUUUUGCCAAUAUUAAUAAUUAAUUAGUAUAUUUUGGUUUGUGAUGAUGUCCAUUUCAUAUUUUCAUGUUUCAUGACAGUUCUACAUUUCAAUGUAUGUAAGGGUCAAUGUACCACAUCUAAUGUGUUAUAAUUAUCAUUUUCCAUCUUUACCAAAAACAUUUUCAUACAUGUACUCCCAGCCAUAGUUUGAACACACUAGUAUUUAAGUUUCUCUCUAUCUAAGGGUACUUUUACAUGACAACGAUGUACUUAAAAACUGAAAAGUUUUUCCUUUGCGUUUUUGAAAAGUAUUGCAUACAGACGACAACAUUGUCAAAACAAUCCCUGUUCUCACGGAUCACCGGAAACUACUAAAAACGCUGUAUUAUGCAUGUCUGGCCAGUAGUUGGCGAUGUCAGAAUUAGAAUUAUCUGACGAUGUUAGAAUUUGUAAAUAAUGCGUCUCUGCUGCUCAUUGUGAUGCAGUAAAUAAACACUUUGCUGGAGAAGCAUUAAUAAACUCAGUAGCUUGAGCAGCAAAAACAAAAUCCUGUAGUCUGUGUUGAGGCAAGUUGGAGCUAAACUCUGCAGGACAGUGGCCCUCCAGGACCGAGUUUGAACACCCCUGCUAUAGACUGAACACAUAAUACACAUGCGGAUGAUGUCACCAUUUUCACAAAUUCGCGUUUUUGUAGUUUUGAAGGAGACGAUAAUGGAAUCGUUUUCAAAAACUUGCACUUUGAAACCCAUUUUCAAAAGUUUGCAUUUUCAAGUUUCUAAAACGCUGUUGUCGUGUAAAUGAAUGGCAAAAACGCAAAUGCAUUUUUAGUUGAAAAUGGUGCCGUGUAAACAGCCCCUAAAAGACCACAACAUGUAGGUCUGUCCAAACUUUUGAAUGCCAUUAGCAAAAGAGGAAGUGGUGUAAAAUUGGUCCAUGCUGAAAAUAGUUUUUUGUGAGAUGUGCUGGCCCCGUCUGCAAGGAUGAUGGUUAAAUAAUCUACAAAAGAUGCCAGACAUUAAAACCCAUGUUCAGUGUUAGGGAAAAUUAAUGCAUUACAAUAUUGCAUUACUCCCUAAAAAAGUAACUAAUUGCAUUAGUUACUUUUUAUGAAAAGUAAUGUGUUACAUUACUUUUGUGUUACUUUUUCUCAUCUGGGCUGGGCUUGCUUGUUUGUUUUUUAAUAACAACAAAUAAAGGUUCUAUUUUUGGCAAAUGUUAAGGCCCUUUCACACCAAAAGUGAAAAUGAAUAAGCCUCAGGCUGAAGGAAAUGCAUAUUUACACCUGUACAGUAGAGGGCGCAACUCAAACAAACCUUUCAGCUGUGCUGCCAUUCUGGAUUAAAGAAGAACAGGAUACAGGAGAUGGAAGUUCAACACUCUUAUUUCUAAAUCUAAUCUAAAGUUAUUUUUGCUUAUUAGUAUGGUUGAAUUAGAUCAUUGAAGGUCAGCAGCAAAGAUGUUGGUUAAUAAAGUGAGAUUAAAUACAUAAAGUAUAUUUGUGUAAUUUAAUAUAGUUCAUUAUUACAGGUUUGCGUCAAAUUCUGAGAUUGCAUUUCACUGUUUUUUAUUUUAUUUUGAGGAAUACUGAAUGUUUUCAUGCAAGUGAGAUGAGUAAAUGCAUGUUCACAUUUAGUCUAGAACUAGAAUAACCAUUAUGUUCACACAGUGCAACAACUUUGCACUUUAUUUCUCUCAACAUGGGGACAGGAGAGCUGUCAGUCAAUAAAUGUGAAAAAGUAACUUGCGUUACUUAUUUGAAAAAGUAACUUAGAUAUUUUGUUGUAAAUUGAAAAAGUAAUGUGUUACUUUACUAGUUACUUGAAAAAGUAAUCUGAUUACAUAACCACUGAUUCCAAUGUGGUUCUCUGUUCAUGUGUUCAAGGGUAAAAAUCAAUCCUUUGUUUUUCUUUUAAGUCAAUUUAGUCCUUUCUAUACUGCUUCUUCCUAUCUCCACUAUUAAUUCCCCAUCUGCAUUGGGCAGGUUUAGAUUAAAAGAGUGGAAAGCCAUAAAUAUGAUAAAUGAGAAAGGGUUGGAGCAGCUGCUCCACAUGCUCUAUGUCAUCUCUUGCAAUCUCUCUAUGUUUAUACACUCGAUCACCCCGUUCCUUCUUUACAGGGUUGAAAAUGUCAAGAUGAAUAUAUGCUGAAAAGCAUUAAGUUAAGGCACAAUGACACAGACCAGAUAAAGAGAGGCCUCCUGCUGACAAAUAGAUCUGUGAUUGGCUGGAUUAUGUGUGUAAAAUGGUCGAUUUAGAACCCAGAAUGAGUGUGGUGAUCUGGGAUGUUUUUAAUUGUGGCACAUUUGGUGUGGUCUGAGAAAAUCCAUAUCGCUUCACUCAAAUGUCAUGUAAAUCCAUCAGUAUCCUGAUCUCUUAUAAAUUUUUUCAUCUUUCUUCUUCUCCUUCCCUACUGUUACAGGCUUGAUGACAUCAUGUCCAGAUAUUACUCCCCUCCUUUCCAGACACUCUCCUUCCUCCCUCUUUUCCUCUUCACCCUCUUCCCUCUCUCCCAUCUUUCUCCUCUACUUUCUCAAUCUCCUCUCAGCUGGACCUCUCCUCAUGACCCCUGCUACCACCUGGAUGGGCGUCCACGCCACUGCCUAUCUGAAUUCAUCAAUACGGCCUACGGGAUGCCUGUGUCGAUGGAGGACCUCCAGCAAGGACCCAAGACAAACAUCAGCACUUUAACAGACCUUCAUAACCCCCACAAUCUGACGUGCUGGACGGCUGCCGAAGGCUCGGGUGGUGUUGAUUGGACUUUGACAGUUCCCCUGGGCAGACGCUUUGAAGUCACUUACAUUAGUCUUCAGUUUUGUCAACAGGUGGAGUCGAUGGAGUCCUACUCCAUAUCCAUCUUGAAGUCAAUGGACUUUGGCCGGAGCUGGCGCCCUCUACAGUUUUAUUCAAGCGACUGCAUGGGCGAAUUCGGCCGUCCUGCACAGUCUAUCGCUCUGACAAAGCACCAGGAGACGGAGCCGCUGUGUUCAGAUCCCAGACCACUGCAGAAGCAUCGCGGAAAUGUUGUGCUGGCCUUCUCGACUUUGGAUGGACGUCCUUCCUCACCAGAUUUUGACUAUAGUCCAGGGCUUCAAGACUGGGUGACUGCAACAGACAUAAAGAUAGUAUUUCAUCAAUCGUUGGACAAAAUGAAAAAAAGAGAAGAGAAACUGAAUGAAGUGGGAAGCACAUUUAGAUGGAGAGAAAGGGAAGACAAAGUUCUGAGGUUUGGCGAGAAAAACACUGGCAUUAAAACAUGGGGAAAUAGUCGAGAAAAACAGACUUCAACACAGAGAAUUAGGAAUAAAAGCACUGUGCAGCAAAGUGGCCACAAUGUAACCCAAAAGGAGAUGGGAUCUCAAGGUAGAGUGGGAAGGGGCCGUAAGAAGGACAGUUACAAGCCAUGCCAGGAUGGCACAUGUGAUUGGUCCCUAAAUAUCCCACAGCAGGGCUCCAAGGGGCGAGAGUUGAGGAGAAGGAGAAACAAUAGAGGGAGGGGGAAGUCCCAUUCUAAAUCGAGAAAAAAAGCCUCACACCACCUCGUCCCAUCAUCUCUUUAUGCCCCACCGAAACCCCCUCUUGCCCUUUCCGACCUACAGGUCGGAGGCAGGUGCAAGUGCAAUGGCCAUGCCUCUCGCUGUCGUCGUGACAACCAAGGCCGUGCCGUGUGUCAAUGUGAGCAUCACACAUCUGGGCCAGACUGUGACGUAUGUGAGCAAUUUUUUUAUGAUCGUCCAUGGCAAAGGGCCACACCCAGCCAACCACACCCGUGCGUCCCAUGUGAAUGUAAUGGUCACUCUACUAAGUGUAGGUUCAGUAUGGCCGUGUAUCAGCAGUCUGGUCGAGUCAGUGGAGGCAUUUGUUUGAAGUGCCGGCACCACACAACGGGACGCCACUGCCAGUUCUGCCAGAAUGGAUACACGCGCGACCACAGCAAACCACUCAGCCACCGCAAGGCCUGCCAACCAUGCCAGUGCCACCCCAUGGGUGCAGUGGGCCAUUGGUGUAACCAGUCCACAGGGCAGUGUUUGUGUAGAGAAGGAGUCACAGGACAGAGGUGUAACCGCUGUGCCCCUGGUUACAAGCAAGGUCACUCCCCCCUCCGGCCAUGUAUCCGUAUUCAGGAGGUUGCACCGCCCACCCCAGUUUACCAGCCUCAGUACAGCAUUGGUGACGAGUGUCUUUCUUACUGUCCACCUUCCCAAGCAAGAGUCAAAAUGAAUUUAGAGACAUACUGUCUCAAGGACUAUGUGCUGAAGGUGCAGGUAAAAGGUAAGGAACGCUCUGGUCCCUGGUGGCAGUUUUCCAUAUUGGUGCAGUCAGUUUUUCGCAUGGGCUCUUCGCACGUAAAGCGAGGCAUUCAGGCCCUCUGGGUUCCAGAUCGGGAUCUGAGCUGCGGCUGCCCUGCGCUUCAGAUGGGCCGCACCUUCCUCCUGAUCGGUGCAGAGGAAAGCGGCCGAAGUUGGGCCCCCGAAGAGAGGCGAUUAGUCGCAGACCGCACCACAAUGGCCUUGCAGUGGAGGGAACACUGGAGCCCAAAACUAAGAGGCUUCCGCGGGCAGGACACCCGAGGAAAGUGCCCACAGGGAAACACCACUGCGCAGAAACACUCUUACCCAAACUCAUACGAGGAAUACACACCCCCACAUCUUGACAAACUGCAGUCUGAGCCACACAGACCACAUAAACAUACACACACAGCACACAAGCAUCAUUUAACCACACAAUCUGGAGGAUCAGACCUCACGCACACACACAAACAAGGAGGGACUCAGAACGUACAUGGAAAAUACACAGUAACGCACCUUGAGGAGCACCGUAACGCUGAAAACGUCACGCCACCCUCCCUUCAGGAAACACAGCAUGUGUUGCAGCACAGCCAGGAUCCUCUCUCAGGUACUUCAAAGACAAGUCAGGCCAACAAACACGAGCGGUACCACCCGACAGCGUGUCCAACGUGGUCACCUGGGCCAACUGUCUGACACAGUGAGAUAUUAUGAGCAGGAAUAUACAAAAGGAAGUUAAGAAAUGCCUGGAGUGGGCUUUGACAAAUGCAUGGUGAGGGAUGUUUCGUUUGUCUCUAAUCUAGGCUGUUUCUUAUACAGAGCCACUCAGUCCAAUGAAUAUUCACAAGCUUUGCUGUGAGUAUCUCAGUAUUUUUGUAUUUUGUCCUACAUACUCAUUAUAUUACAGAGCUAUUUGUAUUUUUGUCAAAUGAAUGCAGGUAUUUUUCAUGCUCUUUUUCAUAUCACAUGCUCUGAGAAACACAUUUUGCACCUCCAGUCAGGAAAAGACGAGUCUAAUCCAACUAUUAAAAGACUGAAAAUCACCAUGUUUUACUCACUGGAGAUGUUACUUAAAUACCAUCCCGUUCAAUCCAGUGUUGUGCUAAAAUACAGUUAUUAUGUCUGACAGACAAACAUGUAAGACUUUUUGAACUGUAAGAGGCACGUUGUUUUCAAAUCAGCAGCUGACAAAUCUUAUCCAAUCUGGUCUCGAUCAUUGACAGACAUGUUAAGUGUGGCUAAACAGUAGAAUGUAAAAUAUGUCAGUGCAGAUUAUGUGCCCACAGUAAUUAAAAUUAUUUUUUUUUUGUAUUUUUUUGUGGCUAGAGUGUGUGUGCGUGUAUAUAUAUAUAUAUAUACACGCAUACACAUACUAUACAACAGAUCUUUAAUAUGGUGCCUUUUUAAGUCUUAUUACUUGUGAAUAUUUUAAACUAUCAUACAAUAUGUAAAUGUUAAAAAUAUUUGUGCAACAAAUGUGACAACUUUUUUCUGUUUAACUUAACGCUCUACCUCAUAAUAAAUAUUAUUAACAAGA